AUGUCGGCACUGCAGGCGCUCAUUUCAAACGACAUUUCCGCGGUUCCUUUUGGUAGCAUCAUCUGCUCGGGAUUGUGCCUGUCGAAAGCUCGCAUCCACGGCCUUCGUCCUGUCAGCUCUCAGCUCAAAGCUUCGGAGGACAGUUUCCUUGCAAUUCGAUGUCGCAGCCUCUGCAUGCAACGGUGGUCUGCGCUCACCAGUUCCAUCACGGCAGCUGGACGGCAACUGCGCUGGCAGGACGUUGUAUCGCUAGCAGCUGGCAAGUGGCAAGUUGUAUCAAGUUGCGGCCGGUGCCAUCCGGUGCCUCGGCAGGAUGCACUCGCCAUCAUUGCACGGCCAAAGAGGAUUCUCUACAAUGCGGCGAUCGCAGCCUGCGGCCGCGCCCUGGCUUGGCCGGCGUCCUUGGCCCUUCUUUCCGAGCUGAGGCAGCUGCAGCAGCCGGAUGUGAAGAGCUUUGGCGCGGCAGCACUAGCCUUGCAAAGGCAGCCUGGUCAUCAAGCCCUGCUUCUGCAGCUCAUGGCCGAGGAUCGUAUUUCUCCGGAUGUGACGGUCUGCAGCACGGCAGCAACAUCCUGGGAGCGAGCUUCAAAUUGGGAGGCCGCCUUGCAUCUCCUCACAACCAUUGAGCUCAGAGAUCUGGACACCGUGGCAGCGGGAACACUUGCCAGUACUCUUGCAAAAGGCGCCUGCUGGUCGCAGGCGCUUUUGCUGCUGGAGCUGGUCGAUGCGAAAGCGAAUGUUGUGGUGAUGGGGGCAGUAAUCAGUGCUUGCGAGCGAGCUCAUCGUUGGACCGCUGCCCUGGAGCUGCUGGAGCGGAUGUAUCAGCAGGGGCCUUGGCCGGACACUUUCGUGUUGGACUCCGUGCUGCGUGCUUGCGGCCGAGGUCUCGCUUGGGAAUCAGUGCUGAGUCUUUUCGCCAGCAUGCCAAGCCAGUUCCUUUUUCCCGGUGCCACAGGCUUUAGCGCAGUGUCUCUGGCUCUGGGCUGCGGGCGGCAAUGGAUCAAAAUGCUGGACAUGCUCGAGGUUAUGUCGCAGCAACGGAUGGCUGCCGAUAUGCCUUCUCUCUCGAUGGGUCUCGAGGAAGCAGAGCAGCGCGCUUGUGCCGUCAACUGCAUGUCGGAAGCGGCGGGAAGGACCAGAGACGAUCCCAGCAGUUUGGUUUGCGUUCUCACAGUCAUGGAGCAGGCUCCCAAUGGAUGCGCCUUGCUGCGCCGGCAUUUCUUCGGAUGCUCCGAGGAGGAAUUGGCGGCCAGGGACGCAGCGAUGGCCUCUGGUCGAGCUUCCUAUGAGCGGGCCCGAGAGAAGGAAAUGUCGCUGGGGCCUCCACUAGGCCGGAAAGUGUACGUGUCGAAUUUGCGAAGCAAAGAUGGCAGAACGCGGGUCCCAAAGUUGACGAUAACAGACUCCACAGGGCAAACGUUCAUGACCUUGACCAAGCGCGACUUUGAGCAGUUGAUGAGCUGGAAGCCAGAAAUCCAGCAGGAGCUGGUCAAGUACGAGAAGAAGCUGACAUGA